CCAUCUCCAGGCUGCCAAAGCUCAGGCUGAGUCCGCCUCCACCCAGAAGGCGGAGCGGGAGGUGACCAGGAUGGUGGUGGUCAUGGUGCUGGGCUUCCUGGUCUGCUGGAUGCCCUACGCUUCCUUUGCUCUGUGGGUGGUGAACAACCGUGGGCAGCCGUUUGACCUGAGACUGGCCACCAUCCCCUCCUGUCUGUCCAAAGCCUCCACCGUUUAUAACCCCGUUAUCUACAUCCUCCUGAAUAAACAGUUCUGUUCAUGUCUGAAGAAAAUGUUGGGGAUGAGCAGCAGCGAUGACGAUGAGUCUUCAGCAGCUUCAUUGGCCACAGAAGUCUCCAAAGUGGGACCGGCUUAAACUGUUUAUGGUUCAUAAACUCACAUAUUGUAAAUAGCACUGAAUGGAAAGAGCGUAUAACAAAUAGCACUGUAAUGUUCUCAGGAAAAUAUAUGAUAUGUAAUGAAAAAAAUGUGAAAAAAUAAA